GCUAAAAGGAACGGCACUUGGAUCAUUGGAAGAACAGGUGGCCCAGACAAAAGCAGAAAGUCGAAUUGCGGUGUGACACGUGCAUUCGCGCUCAAAGAUGCCGACCCCGUUAGCGCGCCUGCCGUUCCCGCAACAACGGGCAGUUUGUUUACUACGUCAACGAGGCACGAACCAUCUGGAGUAGACAACCCCAACUGCUCCGCCAAAUAUGCCAGACAUGUCCCUGCUAUAGCUUGCAUACGUUUCAAUUGCAUCGCUCUUGGUCACCGCCUCCAUCAUAGCACCUGCAAAUCUUGCCCCGUCGUCGCUGCCCUCGCAAUGGCAGCGCCUGCGCCAGCCCCCGCCGCAGGGCAUCGCCGCAACAAGUCGGCCUCGGUGCUCAAGUCGAUCAUCGGACAGCAUAAGCGCUCACCGUCUGACGGCACUGCACUGAAGGCUGCGCCCUCUACUGCACCAUAUAUUCCUAUGCCGUCUGCGACUAUGAAUGCGCCGCUGUUGCCGCCAGACCACCCGCACAGUCAGCCGCGAACUGCCAACAACCAGUCCGAGAACCUUCCUGUCCUCCCACCGUUGCCACGCAAGCAAUCGCAGGACACUCGCAGCUCGAGCCCGAGGAAGGGCCUGCACAAGAAGACCCUCAGCACUGUAUCGCUGCGGUCACUUGGCAAGGACAAAGCAAAAGAGAAGCAGGCGAUCGACCUCAGACAAUCGCGGGAGGAAGACGAAGUCCUCGAUAAGUCGAAGAGAGCCAAGUCAUCGACCAACCUGGCGUCUAUGUUUGGCAAGAGCAAGUCUAAGAAGAUUGGACAGUCGCCCACGAAAGACAAGGAGAAUACUGCUCCUUUCUCCCCGGCCCUGUCGUCUGAACCACCACCGACUCCCAUCUGGGCACAGUUCAGCUCGCAGCCUCUGCAAGAUAUCACAGCUACGAGCAAGGUCCCGCUCAACGACCAGCGCCGCAGCCUCGAAGACGAGAUCAAUUUGUACACCCCGCAGAACUACUCCCCAUCGAAGCAGCGCGACUUCUUCGAGGUGGGCCAGCCCUCCCUGCAGAAGCGACCUGCGCCGAAAGAACGACCAAAGUCUAUGCACGUUCCCAAGUCCACAACGUCACUGCUCGACACAUUUUCGCGCAAGAAGAGCACCGAUCGAGCGCCGUUGACAGACGCACAAGGGAACGGGGAGAGGACAAGAGACAGCUCACCAUCGAAGAGCAAGUCUACAAGGCCUGCACUCGGACGCGCUAGUACAGACACUGGCAGACAAUUUAUGACAAUCGGCGCAAUGGAACCGCCACCAAGCCCAACGAAGAAGCCAAACAGGGUGAUGGCUGCAGUCGCUGCUUUCAACGGUAGGGCAAAGCAAGCAGACGCUCCACCGGCAUCACCCACUAAGGAGCUUGACCCGAUGGUGGUGGAUGCUGAGUUCGAGGAAGUUCUGGAAUCACGAAACAUUCCCACACAUCAGCGCGCUGCGAUGCGAACCCUGAAGAUCGAAGUCAAAGCGGACUUCGUCCGAACACACAAGCUCGAUACCCCACGGGUGUCCACAACGUCCAUACCGUCAAUAGGAGAGAGUGAAGGCAAAGGCGUUCCAAAGCUGGGACCCACCAGGUCCCCCAAGUCGAGAAACGACUCCGCACAAGAAGAGAAUCUGACGUUGCAGACGAGCAAGGCAGAUGGCACAAAACGCGAGCGUCCAACAAGCAGGACUUUUACGUUCACCAGAAGCAACUCCCCAACGAAGAAGCAGCGAGCCACAGAACUGGGUACAACCGCACAGCCUAGCCCGAUCCCCAAAUCGCCGUCUUCCAGAUCCCUAAUUUCAGACGCUGCCUCGAACAGAUCUGUAUCCAACAGCUCGAAGACAGUCAAAUCUGCGGAGUUCAUCAACUACCUGAAGAAGACACCCAAGCCUCAAGAGGUUGAAGUGGGCAAGCUGCACAAACUUCGACUAUUGCUACGGAACGAGACGGUCGAAUGGGUCGAUACAUUCAUUCAAGAUGGCGGCAUGCUGGAGCUCGUUGGCCUGCUCCACCGGAUUAUGGAAAUCGAAUGGCGCGAAGACCACGAAGAUACACUCCUUCACGAGCUACUCCGCUGCCUGAAAGGCCUUUGCACAACGGACAGUGCCCUCAAGCAACUCGCCAGCAUUUCAUCCACCCUCUAUCCAGCGCUUAUCGACAUGCUCUUUGACGAAGAGCACAAAGGCCCCAGCGAAUUCACCACUCGUGAGCUCAUCAUUCAGAUCGUCUUUGCUCACAUCGACAUGGCACCCGAAUCCGAACUUCCUUCCCGCGCUACCGAACUCCUUACCUACCUGCGCGACCCUGUCAAAGAGAAAGAAUCUUCGACUGUCCCAUUCAUCUUGCAAAUGCACACAUCCCGCCCAUACCAGGUGUGGUGCAAGGAAAUGACGAACGUCACCAAGGAAGUCUUCUGGAUCUUCAUCCAUCACCUUAACAUAAUUCCCAUUCCUCCCGCACCCUCCGCGGACACACCACCCAAGAGCUAUGCAAAGACACACUUCCCUGGACCCCGCGCCAUCGUUCCUGCGGCCCCCUACGUUGGUGGGGUAGAAUGGGACGCAACUAACUAUCUCGCGACACACAUCGAUCUCCUCAACGGGCUGCUCGCCUCUCUUCCAACGCGCGCCGCUCGUAACGAACUUCGCGAAAACCUCCGCAUCUCGGGCUUCGAGAAGCUCAUGGGUCACUUGCGCGCGUGUAACCCCAAGUACUACGGCGCCGUGCACGACAGCAUCAAAGUUUGGAUUGGUGCUGCGCUGGAAGACGACUGGGACGUCAAACCCGUCAGAAUGGGCAGCGGGGACAAGAAUGGCAGUACAAGUCCAGUGAAGAUGAGUCCGAAGAAGAAGGCCGAGCCUGCACCGCAGAUCGAUGUUCCCAAGCUUGAUCUGGGGUUGGCGUUCGGUAGAGAGAUCGAUAUUGGGGGCCCGGUUGGGGGCAAGAAGGACGAUGACUGGAUUUGAGACCUCGAACCGAUUUUGGAUAUGGUGGCAGUUGGAUUUUCUCACAUUGCACCGGCGUUGGCAUGGGUCUGGCUUAUCGUAUUUUGGGUAAUCAUUCACCACCUUCCUCCCCACCCCUUCUGCGUCUGCAGUCAGACAGCAUAGUUACGA